AUGGCUCCGUCCGCAUUCGCAUCGAGACGAGCAAUCAGAUCGUUCACAGUGACUUCCAGUCCAAAGACUGAGCCUCCAUCGGUCAGAGUUGCAGCUGGCACCGAGCGAUAUAAAUCGCAUUCAAUACAGGACCUGCUGUCUCUGAGAGGUCGAGUGACUGUUGUUACCGGUGGCGCACGGGGUAUAGGACUCGCUCUAGCCCAUGGCGCCGCUGAACUCGGCAGUGACGUCGCAGUGCUCGACAUUCUGGACAAGCCGAAUGAAGCCUUCCAAGACCUGGAGAAGGAGCUCGGUGUCCGUGCCAAAUAUUAUAGAACGAGCGUAACAGACGCGGACAGCCUGUCUAAGACCUUCGAAGCGGCUGCGACCGACUUUGGUCGAAUUGACAACUGUGUGACUGCAGCCGGAAUCGUGUGCGACAGGCCUUUUCUGGAGACGCCUCGCGAUGAAGGAAUGAGGGUGCUGGAGGUCAACGUGAUGGGCACGUAUUUGAGUGCCCAGCUAGCCGUGAAGCAAAUGCAAAAGCAAAGGUCUGGUGGCAGCAUCGUCAUGAUCGCCUCCAUCGCUGCUCGAGCUGCCAUUCCCUCACAGCGCCUUUCGGUUUAUGGCGCUUCCAAAGGAGCAAUAAGGGCCCUGUGUCGGCAGCUCGCAGUCGAGCUGGGUCCGCUAGGCAUUCGAGUGAACUCAAUAUCUCCGGGAUAUAUUGAAACCGAGAUGACGAGGGGCCUGGCAGCCACAGACCCGGAACUUCUCUCGGUGUUUGGCUCGGCAGCGCCAUUGCAGCGGAUUGGGGAUAGAGCUGAUCUCAAAACCAUAGCUGCGUAUCUUCUAAGUGAUGCAGCGGCAUAUACUACGGGAAGUGAUGUCCUCGUGACAGGAGGUCUGCAUGCCGGGCGACUGUAGUACUUCAAGGAUAUCCACCAAGGAAUUCGUGCUAUCUCCGGAGAUGGAAAGCUUGGUCAAGGCUCAUUGUUCGGAUCUUGAGGUGGGAGAUGUGGCAGCUCCAAUGAGUUGAAGCCCGUCCAAAACAGUGUGUCGAGGGAGAACUCAUCGUAAGAGGUGUCGAAGAAAUUAAGUGGCUCGGCUGAC